UAAGAAGUAACAUAUUUUUCAAUUAGCUUAAUCUUUUUCAGUGUCUGCUAAUAGGCAGGAUGCUCCAAGGCUUCUCAUUUGGCAUGCUCAUGCCGCUCCGCUCCAUCUACAUCGGCGAGUGCUCCAGCCCACUCUACCGAGCUGGAUUUCUUUCCACCACCACCCUCGCACUAACCUUUGGUUUAUGCUUCGUUCAUUUCACCGGGUCACUCCUAACCUACCAAGCAAUAUACAAUAAGGAGUUUGAGUCCCCCCAUCACGAGACGGCGGCACUACAGAAAUGGCGGCAGAAUUUACGAAGAGUUGUUUCGCAUAAUCAAGGAUAUAUCUCUGGAAAACAUAGUUAUUCAUUGCAUUUAAACCAUUUUGGAGAUUUUGCUCCUGUAGAAUACGCCACAAAGAUCCUGAAACUGAAAAAGACUCCGCACCUCUUCGAUCCUGCGCACGACCCUCUCAGACGAGAUUUCCAUAAACAUGUCCACAAGAGAGCGCCCAGUCAGGUAGACUGGCGCGCGCAUGGCUUCAAGCCUGCGCGAGAGCAGCAGCACGCGUGCGGCGCGUGCUACGCAUUCGCGGUCGCGCAUGCGCUGCAAGCGCAACUUUACAAGCGGCAUGGUGACUGGAGUGAGCUGAGCCCCCAACAAAUAAUCGACUGCAGCUACCCUGACGGCAACGAGGGUUGCGACGGGGGCUCCCUGAAUGCGGCCAUGCGAUACAUCGCCAGGGAAGGCCUCAUCACGGAGAAGUUCUACCCUUAUAAGGGAAAGAGAGGGCGCUGCCGCUACAGCAGACUGCUCGUGCGGGCCAGGCCGCGGCGCUGGGCCCUCUUACCGGCCGGCGACGAAGAUGCUAUGGAGCUAGCUUUAGCGGCGAUAGGACCGCUAGCAGUUGCUGUCAACGCGGCGCCGUUUACCUUCCAGCUUUAUAAGGGCGGCGUUUACGACGACCUAUUCUGUACGCCGUGGCAACUGAACCAUGCCAUGCUACUCGUUGGGUACACCCAGGAGUACUGGAUACUGCUCAACUGGUGGGGGAAGAAUUGGGGGGAGGAUGGGUAUAUGAGGAUACGAAGGGGCUUCAACAGAUGUGGCGUCGCAAAUAUGGCUGCCUACGUGCAAUUAUGA